AUGGUGCAGCUGGUCCACAAGCGAGGCCCUCACGAGACCCUAUUCACUGAGGAACCUUUGCUUUCCCAGCACCCUGAGUCCGUCGCAGCUCUAUCACAGCUUGUCCCCUUUUCCCAUCAGUCAGCAUAUCGCAGCCGGAUAUCUGCCAUAGGGGAACUGGCCCAGCUUCCUCUGCAUGAACAGGCAAACACGCCUCCCACCCCCGAGACCACUGCGGAUUGUCCUCUGGCCACUCCAGCCUCGCCGACCAGGGAGAACGGUUUGAUCAACGAGCCACCCUCACGCAACUCGCCUGAAGCCCAUCUGACCGACAUUUAUCUGAUUCGAGCUCAAGGCCACUGCAUGAGCAAAGUGUCGUGCCAACCAACGCCCCCUUUUUCAGCUUUGGAGAUGCCCCGUUGGGGAAGCUGGACCCUGCCUUCUUUUCUCCUUCUCUCACCCCGGGCGGAAGCCGAGAUCUUGAUCGCUCGCCCUCUGCAGGAUUUGGCUGUCAGUGGACCUGGCAAGCGCGCUAUUCGUGCCUUGGUUCUGAUGGUCCUAGCCCACGCAAAGCAAUGCUUACCAGAGACUAAUCAGGCAAUCGGAACUUCAGCUAAUGGUGCACUUUAUCUGGCAGCAGAUGAGCACCGUCUGGCUGCCGAGACAGGCUCAGUGCGCUUAGCCAGUGUCCAAGCUCGCUCGGCGCAGUCUGGGCGGCGCGAAGACGGAUCCGGAGACAGCAGCGCUGAGCAGACCGUCAGCAAGCAGCCUACGCCAGGCGCUUUCGCGUCAUCCCGACAACUUGCCGACAACACUCGGUCGAGUCAGACAUUGGCAUUCAUCAUCCUCUCCUCGGGCUCGACUGAUUUACCGAAGCCGACCUUCCAGACUCAUGGGGUGUGUGUCGCCAACUACAGUAGCAGCAAGGGCUAUCGAGCCUUGCUCACCCUGCCACUUUACCACAACCACGGCUUAUCGAUCUUCUUCCGAAACCCAUGUGCUCGAGACGAUGCGGGUGACGGCCCCGGAAAGCUUCCACGGGGUGCCACAUGUGUCAAAUUUCUGAGUGAAGUGGAAGGUGGUGCUGCGCCACUGGCACAAUGCCAACAAGUUCUCUUCGGAGGCAGCAGCUGUCCAGAUGAUCUAGGAGAUCUUCACGUCGAGCAAAGCGUGCGGAUGAUCAGUCACUACGGCGCCACCGAAUUAGGACAACUGAUGACAUCCGACAGACCUGCGGGGGAAAAAGCCUGGGACUACGUCCGGCCACUGCCCACAGUCGCCCUCUUCAUCCAGAUGAGCCCGCUCGAAGAUGAUUCCUACGAAUGUGUCGUGCUAGAUGUUCUGCCCACCAAGGUCAGCUCGAAUCAGAACCGAUACGUGCAGGACAAUCUCGUCUACGGCGUCGGGUGGCCGCCCAGCUCCACGCCACCCGCACCGGACAGGAGUACUGUGGAAGACAAACUGAGUGUCAUGGCAAGACUGAUCAGCAAGUACUCAAUAUUCUCUGUUACUGCUGCUGACCCGUACGCGCGCGACCCUCGCGUGGUGUAUCACGUCCAGAACUCCCAGACUUCCCGGUGGACCGAGGAUCUGCUCCCUGCGCUGCGGCGGGCAGGGCUCGAUUUUGCGAUCCUGCCUAAAAGAGAAUCUGGAUUCAGCGAAGAACCCGACAUGAAGCGGCUGGAUUUCUUCACGGACAAGUACGAUAACGAGAAUUUGGGUCGGUCGGGGUGGAUUUUCCAGAUGGAGAAGACUGAGGCAGCGAGUCCGUCGUUGAGGGUGGGCGUGGAGUUUUGCUUGAGAAUGGGCUGAUCCAGAGAUUUUUGGAUGCGUAGCUACCGAG